AUGGGACGCAUUUGGAACUUCUCAGUCAAAUCUCACUAUCGAUCACUCAUAGCCGACUCGGAUAUGUCGAGCGGCAACGAGGAAGCGCAAUUGGCCCAAUGUCAAGCUUAUGUUCAACGGCACAACAUUCAGCAACUUGUCAAAGAAGCCAUUGUUGCUCUCUGCAUUCACAAGCCAGAAAAUCCUGUUUUAUUCCUGAAGGAACAUUUCGAUAAACUUAACGAACAGAGGACAGAGGAAGCGGGCCGGAACCAAGACGCUCAAGAUGAUGAUGAUAUAAUGAUUGAACCACCCAAGAGAACCAGUGGACGCCGUACAGGCAUUUCUGCUGAACCUAUCAAAGAAGACGAUACUGAAUACAAAAAGGUUGUGAUCCCGAAGGAUGAAGCAACAAGAAAGUCACUUGAAGCAGCGAUGAGUAAGAACUUGCUCUUUGCACAUCUCGAGGAAGAUGAGGCGAAAACGAUGUUUGAUGCUAUGUUCCCAGUGGAGAAACAGGCGUGUGAAACAAUAAUCGAACAAGGAGAAGAAGGAGACAAUUUUUAUGUUAUCGACAAAGGAGUUGUCGAUGUUUAUGUUAACAACGAAUUUGUGCUCACUAUCAAUGAAGGAGGCUCUUUUGGCGAGCUAGCUCUUAUUUAUGGAACACCUAGAGCUGCUACAGUCAAAGCAAAGACGGACGUGAAACUCUGGGCAAUUGAUCGUCUGUCGUACCGGCGCAUUUUGAUGGGUUCAGUGAUGCGAAAGCGUAAGAUGUAUGAUGAGUUUCUCUCUAAGGUCCAAAUUCUAGCCGAUCUCGAUAAGUGGGAACGCGCCAAUGUUGCCGAUGCACUCGAACGAUGCGACUUUGAGCCAGGAACUCAUGUGGUUGAGCAAGGCCAGCCUGGAGAUGAAUUCUUCAUCAUCCUUGAAGGUGAAGCCAAUGUGCUGCAAAAACGAAGUGAUGACGCGCCGUUUGAUGUUGUCGGUCAUCUCACUUCUUCGGAUUACUUUGGUGAAAUUGCUCUCUUACUGGAUCGCCCGCGUGCUGCCACUGUUGUUGCAACGACUCCUCUAAAGUGCAUCAAGCUGGAUCGUGCUCGCUUUGAGCGUGUAAUGGGUCCUGUUCGUGAGAUCCUCAAGCGUGACGUGUCUAACUAUAACUCUUACGUCAAACUGAUGACUUAA